GUUAUGCAAGAUUCAUUGUUUCAAGCUCUAUUAAUCCAGAACUAUUUUAUGGCGUUGGCAUGUCGCAGUCAAAAGGCUAAUGCGAAUUGGGAAAAAAGCCGACAGGUCGGAUUUUUUCCAUUUGUUACGGACAUCCAAAAAAACCAAGAAGCGAUCGACGAGAGAACUCCCUCUCCGAAGAGCCCGUCCAUUUCGCCGGGCUGGGGGCUCGAAAGAACCACGAAAUGUGAAAGGGGACCUUGCGUACGUUCGUCACGGGGAGGUACCGCUAUCGACUCGGGGGGAUGUCUUAUAUACUCGCGAAUUCGGAAUCCUAAGCCGUAG